AUGAAAAGGAAACUUGCAGCCAUCCAACGGCCGAUUCUACUAGCCAUAUCGGGUGCCUAUAGAACUACCUCAACAGCAGCCCUACAAAUAAUCUUGGGAAUUCCCCCUCUCCACCUCCAACUACAAAGAGAGGCAAAGGGCAUCUCGUUAUAUAGGCUCAAAAACCCGACCAACAACUGCGACCUUCAAAUUAGCCAACUAGAAAUAGACUAUAAGAUUUCAGGCUGGACUUCUCAUCCCUCGGUACACCUAGAAGAUCAAAUUUCCCUUGACGACGGACCCGAAUGGAAUUUAUACAGAUGGAUCGAAAACGAACAAGGGAGUAGGAGCAGCGCCGCAGAAUUCCUGAAGUCCACAUCAGCAACAUCUACCAUCUACGUCGACAAUAGGGCCAGCAACUUAGCAGCAAAAAUCCAAAAUCCAAUAACAAAUGUGCCAGGAAAAUCUUUGAAAUACUCUAAAAAUGCAAACAUAAAGAUUUCCUGGAUUAAAGCCCACGACGGAUAUGCAGGUAAUGAGAGAGAGGAUAGACUUGCCAAACAAGCUGCUGAUUCAGACAGCCCUAUCCAGCCCGAACCAUACCCAAUUUCAUUCAUAAAGUCCAGUCUAAGGCGAACCAUGUUGGAGAAGUGGCAAACGGAAUGGGACAAUAGCGAAUCCGGAAGACUCAUCUACCAGCUUCUUCCAAAAGCCACUCAACAACUUACGCCAUGGAGAAGGGAAGAAAUUCUCUUCUUCACAGGCCAUGGCCCAUUUCCCACCUACUUAAAAAGGUUCAAUUUAGCAGACGAGCCUUACUGCACCUGCGGCGAAGUAGGGUCACCACUCCACUACGCAACAGAAUGCAUUUUAACUACAUCUUAUCACCUAACGAACCAUCAGCUAACCUCCAACAGGCCUGGUUCUCCAGGGUAG